GUAUCAUGUCCGUUUGUUUGGGUUGAGCGGAGCGCCGCUACUUCGCUUCAUACAGUGCUGCCUGUAGCGUGUGCGAGCCGUAAUGGCGUCUGUAGUGAGCGACACUGCAGAGGCUCUGGAUCUGUGUCCACUGCAUCACCUGUACCUGAAGCCCAUCUCCAGGCUGACCGUCAGCGUGGCUCUGCCGCACCUCAAGCUGCCCGGCAAGUCCAUCUCCAACUGGGAGGUGAUGGAGCGUCUGAAGUCCAUGGUGCAGCCGGAGCAGUUCUCCGCCCUGCGCAUCUCCAAGAGCACCAUGGACUUCAUCCGCUUCGAGGGAGAGGUGGAGACCCGCAGCGCCGUCAAACGCAUCCUCAGCCGGCUGGAGGGAAAGAGCAUCAAGCUCAGCGGAUUCACAGACACGCUCAAGGUGCGGACAGCAGAGAAUAAAGUGGACUUCCCGACACGCCACGACUGGGACUCGUUCUUCCGGGACGCAAAGGACAUGAAUGAGACUGUGCCGGGUGAGCGUCCGGAUACGGUGCGUCUAGAGGGUCUGCCCUGUAAAUGGUUUGCGCAAAAAGACGGGUCGCCGGACAGGCCGUCGGAGGCCGUGCUGAAAGCUGUGUUCGAGAGAUUCGGACAGAUCCGGAACGUGGACAUCCCCAUGCUGGACCCAUACCGAGAGGACAUGAGCGGGAACCACUUCAGCACCUUCUCCUUUGGUGGACACCUGAACUUUGAGGCGUUCGUGCAGUACGUGGACCACACCGGCUUCCUGAAGGCCAUGGAGGCGCUGCGAGGCAUGAAGCUGCUGUUCAGGGGGGAUGAUGGGAAGGCGGUGGCCUGCAGCAUAAAGGUGACAUUUGACACGACGAAACACCUGAGCGAAUCGUCCCUAAAGAAGCGACAGCAAGAGCGACAGAAGUUACAGGAGCUGGAGAAACAACGAGAAGAGCAGAAACGCAGGGAGAAGGAGGACGAGGAGCGACGCAAGGAGGAGGAGAGAAAGCAGCGCGAGCAGGAGGAGCAGGAGAAGGAGCGGCGGCGGGAGGAGAAGCUCCGCAGGAGAGAGCAGAAGCUGAAGGAGAAAGAGGAGAAGAAGAACCAGAAGAAGCUGAAGAAGCAGCAGGAGGAGGAGCAGAAGAAGAUGAAGAAGCAGCAGGAGGAGGAGCAGAAGAAGCUGCAGCUCAAGAUCCAGAUGGAGGAGAGAAAACUGCUGCUCGCCCAGAGGAACCUGCAAUCCAUACGGCUACUGGCGGAGCUGCUGAGCAGAGCCAAGCGUGAGCGUGAACGUGAGCAGCAGGUGGAGUGUGUGCGUCUGCAGCAGCUGCAGCAGCGGCGGCGUGAGCAGGAGCAGGAGCUGCGGCGUGUGGAGCAGGAGAAAAGCAAAGCGCUGGAGCUGCAGCGGAAAGAGAGAGAGCUGCGCCAACGCCUGCUCGACAACCUGCUCAAGAACAGCACACACACACAAGGAGACGCUCACACACACGGAGACGCACACUCUCUGAAGGAGGAGCAGCAGCAGAGCAAGACACAGCAGAAGAAGACGAGAGCGGAGCGCAGCCGGAGGAGCCGCAGUCGCACGCACACUCACACACGCAGCCGGCGGCGGCGCAGCACACACAGCCACGGCCAGAGCAGCAGCCGGAGCCGCAGCCGGAGCCGCUCCACCAGCAGAGGCAGACGCAGACACACACACACCACCAGGAAAAACUGACACAAAACACACACACACACAUACAUACUUAAACAACCAUACCACAUUGCCAACACAUACAAACAGACCACAAUGACAACACACACACAUGCAGAAAGAGACACACAACCAGAUCAUAUUGACAACACAGAAUAAAACCUGUUUACUCGA